GGUACCGAAAUUUCAGCACAUCAAUACUAUUUCAUAUUGACCUAGAAAAUUCUAAAAAUUAAUUCGGCAUCCUCAUAUAAAACAGUUCCUGGCGAAAAUAGAUUUUAGUAGAUAGCUGCAGAAAGAAUUUCCUAACACCACACACGAAUUUCAUCAGACGAGAAUGUUGCUUCGAUUCGCAUUAACUACCCUACCAGUGCGUUUUUGCGUGAAAGCAGGGGCUGCUGGGAAUGUAAUAAGAUCAACUUCCUUGGGACCAACUCUACAAAAUUGCCUAAAAUCGUGUAAUAUAAAUAUAUCGCGAAGUUAUGCUCGUGGGCCGACGCGUGGUUCUUACACUCGUAGCGAGGUGGGACGUAGACCUACUUUAAAGGAAAAGCUUAUGGGACCUCCUUCUGAAAACGCAUAUUCAAUUGGCAAAGGUGCAGCAGCAGGAGCAUCAGCUAUCGGACUUGGAGCAUUGUGCUUUUACGGUCUCGGUUUGAAUAAAGAUCCGAGUAUUUACACAAAUUCUUUGUUAUGGCCGGAGUUUGUCCGCGAAAGAGUUCACACUACUUAUGGAUAUUUCGGGGCAUCGUGUGCCAUAACAGCAGGAGCUGCAAUGGCAGUUUUUCGCUCACCUCGCUUGCUUUCGCUUGCAACAAGAAACGGAUGGAUGUCAAUGUUAGGUACUUUUGCUCUUAUGAUUGGUACCGGUGUUUUAACCCAAUCCAUCGAAUAUCAACCCGGCUUUGGCCCAAAACAAAUGGCUUGGGCCUUACACUGCGCCGUCAUGGGCGGAGUUAUCGCACCUAUGUGCUUCCUUGGAGGGCCAGUCCUUACCAGGGCUGCAUUGUAUACCGCUGGUAUUGUGGGUGGCCUUUCGACAGUAGCCGUAUGUGCACCAAGUGAUAAGUUUUUGUACAUGGGUGGUCCUCUGGCUGUAGGCCUUGGUUUGGUGUUUGCAUCAUCUCUAGCUUCUAUGUGGCUUCCACCAACCACAGCUUUGGGUGCAGGCCUAGCUUCGAUGUCACUUUAUGGUGGUCUAAUUCUUUUCGGAGGCUUCUUGCUUUAUGACACGCAACGUAUAGUACGCUACGCUGAGAAUCAUCCCCAAAUAUUCGCAAAACCCUACGACCCCAUUAAUGCAUGUCUUUCGAUAUACAUGGAUACGCUUAAUAUAUUUAUACGAAUUGCAACGAUAUUGGCAGGUGGUGGAGGAAAUCGACGGCAUUAAAAUUAUUCUCAAUUGGGAAUUACAAAAAUAACGUGAUAUGCUUACUAGUAACCAUUUUAGUGUGAUGCUUUAGCAGUUGAAAAAAACGUUUACCGACACUUAAA